UUUGGGGAAUCCGAAUGAGGGAGCUUACAGACAUCUUCACUGGGAAGCCAAGGACAUUUCUGUAUAAUCAGUGGAUGAAAGGAUUUUCUCAGACUCUUUUUUCCCUAUUCCUUGAGGAUUAAUUCACUGCAAUCUACAAUUCCAGUGGAAACCGCAAGGCACACGAUGUGGCAGAAGCCUAGAGGGCCUUCAGAAUUGUUCUGGACCCUUCUUUUAGCAUAGGGGAGUUCAACACAAGCCACUGGCCGCCCCCCUCCCCCCAUCUUGCUGAUCUCUUCUCUUUAACCUGUUUUCAUUUUUUGAGUUACGUUCUAUUUCCAAAACUGUCCUCUGGAGCUAUAAGUGGAUUGCCAGAAAUGAGAGAUUAAGUGCGAGAGAAGAGGGAGCGUCCUGUGUUGUGUCUCUUCUCUGCUGCCGACAUGAAGUGCUUUUUCCCAGUGCUGAGUUGUCUGGCUGUGCUGGGUGUCGUGCUGGCACAGCGACAUGUCGCCGUCCAGGAAGGACCCCUGUACCGCACAGAGGGCUCCCACAUCACCAUCUGGUGCAACGUGAGUGGCUACCAGGGGCCUUCGGAGCAGAAUUUCCAGUGGUCCAUUUACCUGCCAUCCGCCCCGGAACGGGAGGUCCAAAUCGUCAGCACCGUGGACUCCUCCUUCCCUUACGCUAUCUACACCCAGCGAGUCCGCGGGGGGAAGAUCUACGUGGAGAGGGUCCAGGGGAACUCAGCCUUGCUGCACAUCACCGACCUGCAGGCCCGGGACGCCGGGGAGUAUGAGUGCCACACGCCCAGCACAGACAAUCAGUACUUCGGGAGUUACAGUGCCAAGAUGAACCUCAUGGUGAUUCCUGACACCCUGCAGACCACGGCCGUGCCCCAGACUCUGCACAAAGUGGAGCAGGACCCCUUGGAGCUGACGUGUGAGGUGACCACGGAGACGUUCCAGCACAGCCACCUGUCAGUGGCCUGGCUCCGGCAGCGAGGGGGCGAGAAGCCCGCAGAGGUCAUUGCCCUGAGCCGAGAUUUCGUGCUGUACUCCAGCAGCGAGUACGCCCAGAGGCAGAGCCUGGGGGAGGUGCGGCUGGACAAGCUGGGGAGCUCCACGUUCCGCCUCACCGUCUUCCACCUGCAGCCCUCCGACCAGGGCGAGUUCUACUGUGAGGCUGCCGAGUGGAUCCAGGACCCGGAUGGCUCGUGGUACGCCAUGACCCGAAAGCGGUCCGAGGGUACUGUGGUCAACGUCCAGCCCACAGACAAAGAAUUCACCGUUCGGCUGGAGACCGAGAAGCGACUGUACACGGUGGGUGAGCCGGCGGAGUUCAGAUGCAUCCUAGAGGCACAGAACGUUCCUGACCGUUACUUCGCUGUGUCCUGGGCCUUCAACAGCUCGCUCAUCGCCAGCAUGGGGCCUAAUGCUGUGCCAGUCCUCAACAGUGAAUUCGCCCAUCGGGAAGCCAGGGGCCAGCUCAAAGUGGCCAAGGAGAGCGACGGUGUCUUUGUGCUCAAGAUCUACCACCUCCGCCAGGAAGACAGUGGGAAAUACAACUGUCGUGUGACAGAGAGAGAGAAGACGGUCACCGGGGAGUUCAUUGACAAGGAGAGCAAGCGGCCCAAGAACAUCCCCAUCAUAGUCCUCCCCAUCACAGAUAACUGGGUAGUUAAAGUCCCUCAACACCACCAGAUCCUGCCCCAAGGCCACUUGGAGAGCAGCAUCUCUGUGGAGGUGGCCAGCAACGCCAGUGUCAUCCUGGAGGGGGAGAACCUGCACUUCUCCUGCAGCGUCCGCACGGCAGGCCGGCCGCAGGGCCGCUUCUCCGUCAUCUGGCAGCUCGUGGACCGGCAGAACCGCCGCAGCAACAUCAUGUGGCUAGACCGGGACGGCACUGUGCAGCCGGGCGCGUCCUACUGGGAGCGCAGCAGCUUCGGGGGCGUCCAGAUGGAGCAGGUACAGCCCAGCUCGUUCAGCCUGGGCAUCUUCAACAGCAGGAAGGAGGACGAGGGCCAGUACGAGUGCCACGUGACCGAGUGGGUGCGGGCUGUGGACGGCGAGUGGCAGAUCGUCGGGGAACGCCGGGCCAGCACCCCCAUCUCCAUCACGGCUCUCGAAAUGGGCUUCGCUGUCACAGCUAUCUCCCGCACGCCGGGCGUGACCUACAGUGACUCCUUCGACCUGCAGUGCAUCAUCAAACCGCACUACCCGGCCCGGGUCCCCGUGUCAGUGACGUGGCGGUUCCAGCCGGUAGGCACCCUCGAGUUCCAUGACCUGGUGACCUUCACCCGGGAUGGAGGAGUCCAGUGGGGGGACAGGUCCUCCAGCUUCCGAACCCGAACAGCCAUCGAGAAGGCCGAGUCGAGCAACAACGUGCGCCUAAGCAUCAGCCGGGCCAGUGACACGGAGGCGGGCAAGUACCAGUGUGUGGCCGAGCUGUGGCGGAGGAAUUACAACAACACCUGGACGCGGCUGGCCGAGCGGACCUCCAACCUCCUGGAGAUCAGGGUGCUGCAGCCAGUGACAAAGUUGCAGGUGAGCAAGUCGAAGCGGACCCUCACCCUGGUGGAGAACAGGCCCAUCCAGCUGAGCUGCUCCGUCAAGUCUCAGACCAGCCAGAACUCCCACUUUGCUGUGCUGUGGUAUGUGCACAAGCCCUCGGAUGCCGACGGCAAGCUCAUCCUGAAGACCACCCACAGCUCGGCCUUUGAGUACGGCACCUACGCCGAGGAGGAGGGCCUGCGGUCCAGGCUCCAGUUCGAGAGGCACGUGUCUGGGGGCCUGUUCAGCCUGACGGUGCAGAGAGCCGAGGUCAGUGAUAGCGGCAGCUACUACUGCCACGUGGAGGAGUGGCUGCUGAGCCCCAACUACGCCUGGUACAAGCUGGCCGAGGAGGUCUCGGGGCGCACGGAGGUCACCGUGAAGCAGCCAGACAGCCGCCUGAGGCUCAGCCAAGCGCAGGGGAAUCUGUCGAUCCUGGAGACGCAGCAGGUGCAGCUCGAGUGUGUGGUGCUGAACCGCACCAGCGUGGCCUCCCAGCUCCUGGUAGAGUGGUUUGUGUGGAAGCCCAACCACCCGGAGCGGGAGACUGUGGCCCGCCUGAGCCGCGAGGCUACCUUCCACUACGGGGAGCAGGCAGCCAGAAAUAACUUGAAGGGGCGGCUGCAUUUGGAGAGUCCUUCCCCUGGCGUGUACCGACUCUUCAUCCAGAACGUCGCUGUGCAGGACAGCGGGACCUACAGCUGCCGCGUGGAGGAGUGGCUGCCCAGCCCCAGCGGUGUGUGGUAUAAGCGGGCGGAGGACACUGCUGGGCAGAUGGCUGUGACCGUCAUGAGGCCAGACGCUGCCCUGCAGGUGGACACGGUGGUCCCCAACGCCACAGUGUCCGAGAAGGCAGCUUUCCAGCUGGACUGCAGCAUUGUGUCUCGGUCGAGUCAGGACUCCCGCUUCGCCGUGGCCUGGUACUCUCUGAGGACUAAAGCCGGAGGGGAAAGGGACGGCCCUGGCCUGGGUGAACAGGAGGAGGAAGGGGACGAGGAGGAAGAGGAGGACCAAAUGGAGCGGAUGGCCCUGCUGAGCGUGGGCCCAGAUGCCGUCUUUGGCCCAGAAGGCAGCCCCUGGGAGGGCAGGCUUCGCUUCCAGAGGCUCUCCCCGCUGCUCUACCGGCUCACCGUGCUUCAGGCGAGCCCCCAGGACACUGGGAACUACUCCUGCCGCGUGGAGGAGUGGCUGCCCAGCCCUCAGAAGGAGUGGUACCGGCUGACGGAGGAGGAGUCGGCCCCCAUCGGCAUCCGGGUUCUGGACACAAGUUCCACCCUGCAGUCCAUCAUCUGCUCCAAUGACGCCCUUUUCUACUUCGUCUUCUUCUACCCUUUCCCCAUCUUUGGCAUCCUCAUCAUCACCAUCCUGCUGGUACGCUUCAAGAGCCGCAACUCCAGCAAGAACUCGGACGGGAAGAACGGGGUGCCCCUGUUGUGGAUCAAAGAGCCACACCUCAACUACUCCCCCACUUGCCUGGAGCCCCCAGUGCUCAGCAUCCACCCAGGAGCCAUAGACUAAGGGGAGCCCAGCAGACCUCAGCCGAGGAGGAGCUGAGACUCUGCCUUCCUGCCUCUUGCUCUGUGAUCGUGCAGUGGACGCCACCCAACCCCUGGAGUGCUCGCGCCGAAAACUGUCAGACUUGAGAAGCGUUCGAAGUCCCCGAUCAGUCACAGAGACAGACUGCCUUGAGGUGGCAGUCCUGGUUGGUUAGCUGUUCUGGAGCAGAAGUCCUUAUCCUGCAGAAUUAGGCUCCUUGUUUUUGUUUCCGGUAAUGUAGUGAGUAGCUCCAGGUGCCACGUCUACUCACUGAUUUAUAGAGUAUUCCCAGAUAGAUGUUACAGGGGUUCUUAUUCUUUGUAAUGGACUCUUUUUAAAUCCCUUCAGUUUAUCCUUUUUGCAUUCCGUAAUGUGACAUACGAAUUUCUCUUAAAGUACCACUGAUGGCAAAAGGAAGGAUGAACUUUCUGGCGCAAAGGAAUCUCUUCCAAGACUUAUUGUUUUUGCAUACUUGAAAAUGCUACCCAUGGAUCAGAACCCGCCCGAGCGUUUUUUACUUUCUUAAUGAGACUUGAAAAUUAUGUGUAGUGUGGGCCCAAUUUGUAUCUUAUCGUUUCCCUCAGCUGGAGUGGUUGGAACCCCUUUGUAGUCAAGAUGAAAGCAUUGAAUUUGCUUCGAAGAACUGUGUACAUACAGGAGAAAUCCAGCAUAACCCCAUUAGGAGUAGAUGGUACCCAACCAGCCUGUCAGGGAGGCGAAAAAUAGGCUUCAUCCCAAGCUUGCCAAAAAAACAAAAACAAAAACAAACAAAAACAACACAAAACCCCCACUUUGUUGGAGAGGAAGUCAGAAGCUCCAAAUGGCACACAUUUUGCCAGCUAAAGUGGGGAGAGGGCUACGUUUAGCAGCUCCUGACUUUCGGAUUGGUCAAAGCCAGUGAUGAGCAAAGGAAGGAGAAAGGACUAGUUGUUGGCUCGAUCUGUUCUGCACAAGCAGUCUCUUAACUGAUAACUGUGAGCGGGUGGGCUUCCAUUCUAAGGUGCUUUGCCAAACUCUUAAGGGAAAGUGGCCAGGGAGCCUGAAAAGGGGACAGUCUGAGCUGAACACAUCAGGGCCCAAGCAGCUACCACAGGACACCGUAUACCUGGAGGGGGCACGGGGCAGGCUGACGGCUAAGUUCCUGCAAGGGUCAGGGUGGGACCAGGUGGUUUCCGGAGUCUGACCUUGGAGGGAGUCUGACCUUGGAGACCAGGGGAGCUGUAACUGCUGCGAUGGAGGUAUGAAGACUAGUUUUUUCUUCUUGCCUGCAGUUAGUUUCCUCAGAGAGAGCCCUGUCUUUCUUAUCCACCAUUUCUCUCCCCCUGUGUCUUACUGCCGUAAGAAUAUCUAUCUGCCCAGGAGAGGUCCAGACACAACCCUUUUGUGACCCAUCAGAGGACCUUGUCUCAGUGGGAAGUCAUCACAGGCCUGGGUGUGGCUUUUUGCCCUUCCCCUUCUUGGAUCUUGUUUGUGGUUUUGGUGAUUUGGUUAUUUGUUGUUAUGGUGGCGUCUCAUUCGAAUGCCCACCAAAGCCCAACAAGGCCAGUGUCACCUGUUCCUUUAUAUCCCGGGGCAGUGUGCUUGGCUCCCCUGGACCCCCGUCCUGGUUUACAAGUGUUGCCUUUUGCCCACUCCAUGGGAGGAGUGCUUAUGCCCUGGGCUCCUCUGUUUUGCUGGCCAAGAGCGCCGUCUCCUCUCCUCUUGAGCGUGCAUCUUGAAUCCCAAGGGAAUUCCCAGUUUAGAAAAAGCCACCAGGGACUCUGGAGCUAAGUCUAACCAGAGAGAUUAUCGUCUGUUCUGAGGCUGAACAGACGUGGCAGGAGGCCACGUGGGUGCCAGUCCGUCUCGGGGUCCGUGGGGUUGCGGGUGGCACAGGUGCUCAGCUGAGGGGAAGCCUGCCUCCCUUUCCUCCCCCCGACUCCAGUGCUCUCCUAUGGGGCCAUGUGUAGGCACCACCCCUUCAGCUCCCCGUAGCCCGAUGUGCUCAUUCUCAUUUAUGAAGCAGGCUGCGUCAACACUUUGGAGGUAGUCAGCCGGCUCAGCAGUGAGGGAAGAAGACAGUCCUUGGCCCUAUUUCUUCCUUUCAGCCAUGUGGGCUUUCUGUGGGAAAAUUAGCCCCUCAUUUGUAGCCUGAGUCAGUGAGGGAAGAUGACUUACUUUCUCCUCUGUGAGAAGGGGAAGAUUCCAGAGGGCUGGGUGGAACUGGGAGUAUAAACGACAGAGAAGAGUUGACUAUGCAUUGGUUCUCAGCUAUAGAAAAGUAGGUAACAUACAAAUUAAAUAAUGUGAAGCAGUUGCAGGAAAUUUAAAAGGAAGAAAAGAAACCGAAGCCAGUAUUUUAAUAAUUGGGUUUUUCUUUUCUUUUUCCCCCUGUAUAUUUUCUCUUGGGCUGGGGGCUACCAUCAAAGGGUGAGCAUUUCAGCUUUUUCGAAAAAUACCCAGGACCUUGUUUGGCCAUUUCUACGGAAAUGUGGUGUCAGAUGAGUGGUAAUGGUGCCCUCCAGUGGCUGGAGACCUCAUUGCACACGGCCUAUGGGAGUUCUAGGCCGAGGACCCGGAGAGGAAAACUACCAGCUGUUCUCUUGACUUAUCUACAGCUACAAUGUUGCAUUCAUGAAAAACUACACUGUGCUAGGCCCAUCCCAGGAUACUGAUAUAACCACACCCUCCUUCAUCAGGGUGUCUCUGUAGCAGGUUUUCAUAUUCUUUUCAAACAAUGGUUUCUCUGCGUUUAUUGUUGACAAAACAGGUAGGGUAAGAAAACUACCCAUGCAUGAUGUAGAGAGCUGU